AUGGGCCUCCUCAACGGCCUGCGCCUCAGCGCGCGACGCCUUCUCCGCUCGCGCGGUCUCCGCAACCUCGUCCUUGUCUUCGCCGUGUACACCUUCCUCGACGCCCUGCGCGUGCAGCGCAUCGUGACGGGGGCGCCGCGGCACGACCCGACCCGGCUGCGGCGCACCGAGCGGGUGUACAUCGCCGGCAUGCACUACAACGACGCGGCGCUGAUCCGGGAACACUGGGCGGGCGCGGUGCUGGCGCUUGUCGAUGCGCUGGGGCGGGACAACGUGUUCGUGAGCGUGUACGAGAGCGGGAGCUGGGACGACAGCAAGGCGGCGCUGCGGGCGCUCGACGAGGAGCUCGAGAGGAGAGGGGUGCGGCGGAACGUCGUGCUAGACGAUAGGUCGCACCUCGAGGAGGUCGAGGCGGUGCCCGCCGAUAGUGAGGAGAGGGAGGGCUGGAUCCGGACGGCGAGGGGCCGGAGGGAGAUGAGACGGAUCCCCUUCCUAGCGAGGUUGAGGAACCUAACGCUAAAGGACCUAUGGGCGCGGGGGGAGGAGGGCGAGGUUUUUGACAAGGUGAUAUUCCUCAACGAUGUGGUGUUUACGACCGAAGACGUCCUCGCCCUGCUCGACACCAACAACGGCCUCUACGCUGCGGCGUGCUCGCUUGACUUCUCGCACCCGCCGUCCUACUACGACACGUUCGCGCUGCGGGACUCGGAUGGGCAGGCGCACCUGAUGCAAACGUGGCCGUAUUUCCGGUCGCGGCGGAGCCGGGAGGCGAUGACGGCCUACUCGGACGCCGUGCCUGUGCGGAGCUGCUGGAACGGCAUCGUGGCGAUGCCCGCCGCGCCGUUCCUGGCGGCGUCCCGGGAGAAGGGCGGCCGGGGAAGGUUGGCGUUCCGCGCCGUGCCGGACUCGCUGGCCGAGGAGAAGCACCUCGAGGCGAGCGAGUGCUGCCUGAUCCACGUCGACAACCCGCUGUCGGAGAGCCUCGGGGUGUACCUGAACCCGAGGGUGCGGGUCGGGUACUCGCCCGAGGCGUACGCGGCGACGCACCCGGAGCGCGACAGCUGGCUCUCGGUCUGGAGGAUCAUCGUCGGAGGCUGGGAGGCCGGUAUUAGGCGGUGGCUCACGAGCGACGCCGUCAAGGAGUGGGUCGUCAAGAGGAGGAUAAGGGAAUGGGAGGCAGAGGGGGAGGGGAGGCGGGAGAGAGGGGUCGACUGUCUGAUCAACGAGGGCCAGGUCCUCGUGUACAACGGGUGGGCGCACGUGUGA